AUGUCCCCAACUGCUUUUUUAGAACAAGUUCCUGUAGGAGGCCUUCAUUGCCAAAUCGAUACGUUUGCUCGUGAGUUUUCUACCAAAUGUAUUGCUUGUUCAGAAAAGCCGAACAAGAAAGGCUUUUACGAAGUGAAGUUACAUGAUACAAUUCUUUUCCCCGAAGGCGGAGGACAGCCUUGCGAUACAGGUUAUAUUGACAAUAUCAAAGUAUACGACGUGCAACGCCAUACAUUGGCGCACGUUCAUUAUACAAAGGAUCCUGUUCCUGUUGGACCUGUGCAGAUUAGACUUGACUGGGAAAGACGCUGGGAUCAUAUGCAACAGCAUAGUGGGCAACAUUUAUUUAGUGCUGUACUUGAGCAAGCACCCUACAACCUCGAAACUGCUUCUUGGAAUUUGGGCGAGAAAAAGUGCUACAUUGAAUUACCCACUAGCACCAACAAAUCCACUACUAUCACACCUGAAUUACUUCAAGACGUAGAGAAAAUUGUCAACCAACUGAUCGUAAAGAAUACGCCUAUUAUCACGCAUACAGAGCAUGCGCAUCAAGUAGAUGAAAGACCCGAAAGCCUACCUGAAGAUUAUGUAGGUGGCGGUAUCAUUCGUACCAUUGAGAUCGAACAUUUGGAUAAGAAUCCUUGUUGUGGUACUCACUUGUUGGCUUUGGGUCAAUUGCAAUGCUUUAAGAUUCUUUAUACAGAAAACGUGCGUGGUGGCAACACACGGAUUUUCUUUUUGUUCGGUCAACGUGUGUUGGAUACACUUGGCAGCUAUUAUUCCACUAGUCGACAACUAACUUCCAUGUUAUCUGUCGCUCCUGAACAGUUUGUCGAAAAUGUUCAAAAAAUCCAACAUCAAUCCAAGGAGCACUUGAAACGGGCCAAGCGACUUUUAGAAUCCUUAGCAGCCUAUACUGUCAAAGAUGUAAAGCAAAAAUUGGAAGACAAGGGCUGGGCUGUUGUUUACCGUGAAGAUGCUGAUAUGGAGUUUUUGGGCUUUGUUGCCAAUGGUAUUAGAGAUCAGUUAUUAUUAGAAGGUACACAAAAGGUUGUUGUGUUGGCUGCAGGGGAAAAGAAAACAGGCGGGCCUAUCAUUGUUACUGGAGGUACAGCUGAAAUAGUUCAACAGGUGGGAAAAGUAGUUAUGAAAACUUUGUCUGGUGUCAAGGGAGGAGGAAAAGGAAGAUGGCAAGGCAAGGCCCAGAAUUGGGAUGGCAUUGAUAACUUGGAAAAGGCUUUAGAACAAGAAUUGAGGCAAUAA